UAAAUUAAUCAACUGUUGUUACUGUUGCCUGAUCAGGGAGCUUUUGGGUGGUUUGGUUGUCCUCCUCUCCUGAAGAAACAACUUUUGGGAGAGGCAAGGAAGAGGGAAGACAGUAGUUCCUGUGAGAGAGAGAGAGAGAGAGAGAGAGAGAGAGAUGGGGGUGUGUUACGGUACUCCUGACUUCCCUACUCCUAGCUUUACCGGUUAUCUCAAAUCAGGGAUGAAGUUGACAAUCAGUAGUUCAUCAUCUUCUGCAGCCAGCAAUAGCCACGACUUGGUGGGUGCCCGCGACAAUCAGGCCUUCGGAGAUGGAGAGAUUUUGGCAGCACCCAACUUGACCGUCUUCAGUUUCGCAGAGUUGAAAGAGGCAACCAAUAAUUUUCGACCCGAUGCGGUGGUUGGAGAGGGAGGAUUUGGUCUUGUCUAUAAAGGGGUGCUUCAUGGAAAGCAACAGUCUGGAAGGACAAGGGCUAUAAUAGCUGUGAAAAGGUUAAACCCGGAGGGUUUUCAAGGGUAUGAACAGUGGCUGACGGAGAUAGAGUUUCUUGGGAAGCUAUCUCACCCUAACCUUGCCAAGCUCCUGGGAUAUUGUCGACAGGAUGAAAAUUUAGCUCUUGUUUACGAGUUCAUGCCAAAGGGCAGCUUGAACAACCACCUAUUCAGAAGGGGCUCCGCGGCUCAUCUUCCAUGGGAUGUGCGCCUCAAGAUUGCGGUUGGGGCUGCCAGAGGCCUGGCUUUCUUGCACUGUUCUGAGAGGAAACUCAUAUACAGGGAUUUCAAAACUUCAAAUAUUUUGCUAGAUGGGUCUUACACGGCCAAACUCUCGGACUUUGGAUUGGUGAAGUCUGGUCCUGCAGAGGGCGAGUCACAUGUUUCAACACGGGUUAUGGGUACCUUUGGCUAUGCUGCCCCUGAAUACCUAGCAACUGGGCAUCUCUAUGUAAAGAGUGAUGUUUACGGUUUCGGCGUUGUGCUGCUUGAGAUACUAACAGGCUUAACUGUAUUUGAUCGGAGCCGUCCGGCAGGGAGGAAGAAUUUAGUGGAGUGGGUCAGACCACUCUUAUCCAGUAAAAGAUUUCUGAAGACUAUAAUGGACUCUAAAUUGGAGGGCAAAUAUUAUACAGAUUCUGCAUUCCAAAUAGCACAACUAGCUUUCAUAUGCCUCCGUGUGGAACAUACGCAGCGGCCUUCCAUGACUGAAGUCGUGGAAGAACUGGAAUCAAUAGAAGCUUCCAAUGCUAAUAGAAUACCACGGGAUGCUUGAAUUAGCUUAUUAUGUUGUUCAUAAUUCAUGUGAUGUAAAUCAAAGUCUGUUGCUCCACACUUUUCCAUUUUUUCCCAGGAUUAGUCUUGGGCUUUGAAUGUCCAUUUCCAUUGUACCCAGCAAUUACUAGGUGUUGUCUUCUCUGGUAAGAUCUUUGGAAUAUUCAUGACCUGUAUUUCAGUACAUGCAUCAGCUUGUGAA